AUGGCGCCUUUAAUUCCGUCGCAGGAGGAGCUGGAUCGCAGGCGGCUCGUCGGCAUCAAUGCAGAGACCGUGACCAACAUUCCCUCUACAGACUUCCCGGGCCAUUGGCCGGGUGAGUCGCACGAGUGGUCGUUGGAAAAGUUCAAGAGGGAUUUUAACAUCGAGUUCCACCGCAACGAGCGGUUCGAAGCCACAUUCUCCCUGAUCGGUGUCGAUGCAGCCAUCGCGAAUGCCUUUCGCCGUAUUCUUAUGGCCGAAGUGCCAACCCUUGCCAUCGAAUUCGUCUUCGUCCACAACAACACCUCCGUAAUUCAGGAUGAAGUCCUCGCAUCGCGAUUGGGUCUGAUCCCCCUCAAGGGCUCCGUCGAGGGUAUCAACAGGAUGCGCUGGUUCAAGAAGCCUGCGGAAGACGACCCGGACAGUGGCAGCACGCCCAGCGACUACAACACCAUUGUCUUGCGCUUGGAUAUCGAAUGCACCGAGAACCCCGACGCUGAGCGGGGAGAGACGGACCCGCGCAAGCUGUACCGCAAUGCGCACGUCUACGCCAAGGACAUCACUUUUCAUCCUGUUGGUCGCCAGGAAGAGUACUUCGUUGGGGACGACGCCAUCCAGCCCGUUAACCCCGACAUCCUGGUCGCCAAGCUUCGCCCGGGACAGAAGAUCGAUAUGGAACUGCAUUGUAUCAAGGGUAUCGGAGCCGACCACGCCAAGUUCUCCCCCGUGGCCACGGCCACCUACCGUCUUCUCCCCGACAUCAAGAUUACGAAACCCAUCAUCGGAGAGGACGCCAAAAAGUUCGCCAAGUGCUUCCCCAGAGGCGUUAUUGGGCUGGAACCCGUUACUCAGGAAGAGGCCGCCCAGAAGGGAAGCGGGUAUGAGAACCAAGCUGGCGAAGUGAAGGCAGUUGUGCGCGACCCCUUCAAGGACACUGUUAGCAGGGAAUGCUUGAGACACGAGGAGUUCCAGGACAAAGUGAAGCUUGGUCGCGUGCGGGACCACUUCGUCUUUAACGUCGAGAGCACCGGCCAGUUCGACAGUGAUGUUCUCUUCCUUGAGAGCGUCAAGGUGCUGAAGCUCAAAUGCGCAAGAUGGAAGCGCAACCUGUCGGAUCUUAUGCGGUAA